AUGGUAUUUCUCCAGUAUGUCUUGAAUAAUAAGUCAAAAAAAAGCCAUCACAAAGAAUUCCAGAAAUUGAAAGACACUUUAGUUGAAGUGAACAAAGUCUAUAUGAACUUAGGAUGUCUUCUUGUAGAGUUGGAAGGAGAAUGCUCAUUCAAUUCAGCCAAUAAUGAAAUAUCCUAUGGUAGUUCCAUAUGCUUAGUUAUUUUGUUAAUUAUUGGUAUAGUCAAGUUCAAUUUGAUUCUGUUUUGUUUCUACUACUUUUUGGGUGUUAGAUGUAUUAUCCCCAAUAAUUACUUCAUAUGGGAAGCCACACGUCCAAUAUCAAAUUGCGAUUUUUGCUCAAAUGUAUCUCAUCCUACAGUAUUAUCAAAUAUUUCUCAAGAUUCAUUUUUGCCAUAUGCAUAUAGCUCCAAACCUAUUGUGAUAAAACAAGCAUUCUCUCAUUGGCCUGCAAAACAAUUAUUUUCUCUCCAAUAUUUUCAAAAUCUUUACAAUGUCACGGAAGGAUCAUUCAAGAGUGUAGAUGAAGAAUGCCAGUUUUUGCAUUUUAAAUCUGAUUUCAUAUCAGUAAAAGAUGUUCUAUUUAUGAAUAAUAGAAGGGCAGCAAAUGAUCCAACAGAAAAGUCAUGGUAUGUGGGUUGGGGGAAUUGUCAUCCAGAUGUUCUUGAAGAGAUGAGGAAACACUAUCCUAAGCCUCACUUCUUGCCAGAUGAUUGUGAAAUACCAUCGAAAGAAUAUAUCUUCAUGGGUUAUGAUGACGGUGCUACCAUGCACUUAGACUUUAUCAAUCGUCUGAUAUGGCAAGCCCAACUGAAGGGAUCCAAAAACUGGAAUCUGCACCCACCACCAGAAUGUGAAACGAUAUGUGAACCUCUGUCAUUCUUGGUCGAACCUGGCGACGCAGUUCUGGUGGAUACAAGGAUGUGGUAUCAUGGAACAACAAUCAACCCAGGUGACUUCAGUCUGUCGGUACAGUCAGAAUAUGGAUAG